UGUGACCCAACACGGAAGACCACUCUGCAACUGUACGAAGUAAAGUAUAUUGAAGGUCUCGAUAAACAACUUUAUUCAUUCGUUUAACUCAAAUAAUACACUUCUAAUCAGCAACAGUAGCGUUGCAUAUCUGUAUUUUGGCGUUUUGAAUGUUCUUGAAAACCUGCCAUCUCAUAUCUGUCAACAACGUUUUUACAAGCGUGUUCGGUGCUGCUGUCAUGACAAAAAGACGGUGCGACUACAAGUGAAUUGAGGAGAGAUUCGGAGAUACCAACUAGAAAAGGCAAGUAGGCUACCCGGUCGGUACUCAAUCUUGUUGGCUACUCAAUAUAUAUCAGUGUUGUUUGUUAUUAUGUUUGAACCAGCAGCAGGCUUGCUAACUUACUAUAUCAUUCGUUAUAUCAUCGAAUUAUGUGCUUUUCCAGCUCGUUUCAGUCCUAUCGAUUCGUCCUUGUGGGUUGUUUGAGUUGGCGAAGGACAUCGUAGCAGUCCCUCGUCGCUGCCCCGGUUGAAUGCCACGGGGCUGUGCCAUCAUAGAGACGGCAGUUUGCAAUGCCAGUUCCAGUUAUGGCAGAGUCGGUGGACCACCAGAAACGCUUCCAGGCCGCGGUCGACGUCAUUCAAAACCUUCCCAAAAAUGGUGGGCGACUACAGGGACGUAUCCUAAAUCUAUUUAAUAGCUGUGAUAUCAUAUAACAGAAUUGGCAGUGUAUAGGCAUAUAAUUAGUUGUGAUGUUUUGUAGACAAAGCUCCAUUGAGUGCUUAGCUGAAAGCUCAUUAGGCCUAUUAGAUUCCAUGUUGAUUGCCCAACCAGUGAUUUUAUUGAUCAGCUACUGCUACUCUUUUACACAAGGCUUAUCAACAUGUAGGUCAAACAAACGUGUAAUAGACACUGAAUAACAACUGAAUAACUCUUGCAGGUUCCUACCGGCCCUCCUAUGAAGUGAUGCUGCGGUUCUACUGCCUGUACAAGCAGGCGGUGUGCGGACCCUGCACAGUGCCCCGACCAGGCUUCUGGGACCCAGUAGGUCGCUAUAAAUGGUGAGUGUGUGUCUGUGCGCCUGUGCUCAAGUGGAUAUGAGAGGCUGUACGUGUGUCUGUGCGGGUGAAUGUACAUAUUUAGUAGGUAAUAAUGUAGGAGUGUAAUCUGAUCCAAGAUCUGUGGUUAGGGACAAAUUCUACCUCGAGCCAAACUAGUUGAGCCAGGUAAGAGUGUUUCAGUUGGCAGGCGCCUCCACACCGGGCGUGGUUUCGGCUCAUAAACGUCUGGACUGGCACUACAACAGCUGACAGCUGACACAAUCACUUACUAUUCACUGUUACUUCUCAAGGGCAUGUGUGCUGCUGUUGUACAGCAUGGAGUUAUUGUCCCUCUAACAGGGUGAUUGUUCCUUACCAAACUAACACCUCACUCGCAGACCAUUGGGUGGUGCACUUUUUUCAAAUGAUAUACUAACAGUGAUACGAAGCUGAUAGAGAGAGAUGUUAGCUAGAGAACACUGUUUUGGUGUCGCUCUGUCUCCAUAGGGAUGCCUGGAGCCGACUAGGGGAGAUGAGCAGUGAGAGUGCCAUGGCGGCCUACGUUGAUGAGAUGAAGAAAGUGGCACAAGAGGUACUGCUGAGUCGUCCUACUCCUUCAUGCACAUCCAAAUAAACAUAUGUGCUUCUCUACCUUUUUUAUACCAGGAACAGCUAACAUUAAAAGUAGCGCUCUAGAACUGUCUAAAUCAGUGCCCGCUAACCGUCUCAGGGACUUGUCAGCAACAUACCAGGGCCAGUGUUGGUCCGUUGGCCAGAAGUUGAGAAACACUAUAGCAUACAUCAUAUUGUAUGUGUUUAGACUAAAGGUAGACAGCGUUUUGACGUUGCCACGGGCAACACCGCAGAUAUUGAGAUGAGCAAUGCAAGACUGUGAUCUCACACUGUCGCACAGAGUAUCUGCGCAUGUGCAUAGGUGCGCUUCACGCUGCUACAACAUUGUAGCUAGGGGACCAAAACUGCGAAGAAGUUUAGCCCCGCGCUUCAACACUCUUAGUUGUUGCAGAAAUCGGCACGAUAUUGCUGUUUACCGCGUGCAUUGGUGAGUCUACUUUUGAAUAUAAACAUGCAUAGCACCACCACCCUGUAUCUUCUUGUGGGGAUGGGAAUAAAAGCCUUGGGCCAUAAUCACAAAGCAUCUCAAAGUAGGUUUGUUGAUCUAGGAUCAUGUCCCCCCCUGUCAAUGUAAUUUUAUUCAUUAUGAUCUAUCUAAAAGAGAACAUGUAUCCUAGUUGAGCACUCCUGCCAGACCUGAGAUGUGAAUACUGACCCUGUUGUUUAGUUAAUCAAUUCCUCCUGCAUACUGUGCAUCAUAUAACAAUGAAUUGUUAUCCUAUAGCGGAUACAUGCUUUCACAUAAAGAGCCACUAUUGAAACAGCAAAUGUCUCCUGUGUAGGUUAUUGACACAAUGCCCAUCAAUGAGAAGACUGCAUCACUGUUCCACCACUUUGAGCCCCUCUACGUGGUCAUCCACGACAUGCCCCGGCCACCAGAUACUCUGCUGGACCUAAGAGAAGGUCAGUGGACUACUGGUCUUUAGACCACCAUCUGAAUUGUUGGUGUUGAAAGAAACAUUCUCUGCAUGUUAUCUGAGCAUCAGUCAUAUAAGGUUACAAAAUGCUCGGAUGGACUUUGAAUUAGUGUGGGUGUGUGUCCGUGUGCGUGUUUAUGUGCACUAUUGGUGCGGAUGUGUGUGUGUCUUAACGUGUGUGUGCGUGCGUGUGUAGACGUUAAGGGCAUUGACAAGGCAGCCAGUCCAGUGGAAGUUGAACAAGAGAGGGAGACCCAAGAAGAACCUGUCCCAGAUAAGGACCCUGCACUAGAAGAAGAGCCUGCCCUGGAGCAGGUGCCUGUCCCAGGAGUAGAACCCGUCACAGAGGAGGUACCUACCCUGGAAAAGGUGGCCCUCGCAGAGAAGGUGCCUGUCCCAGAAGAGGUGCCCAGUCAGACACAACAACAACCAGUCACUUCCACCAGUGAACCUCAGGGUAAGAGUCAUGAUCACCUCUCUCUGUUUCACGAGACUAAAUCCUGCCAAGCUGGAGGGUAGCUACAAUAUGUGCACACCCAGGCAAGAAAAUACUGUCACUCCAUAGAACCCAUACCAUAUGGAUGGACGGAUGGAUAGACUAAUGGAUAUUUUCCCACUUGUAGCUAACUUUAUGCAUUUUCUAUUCAACACAACUGACUUUCUCCUAACUAUACUGUUGAUAUGUCUCAUGUUUACACAUGGCCAAAUGUACAAGGCUUCCUCUUUCCAGAGCUUGUUCCUGAGCUUGUUCCGUCUGAGGCCAUGGGGUCGUCUGAGGUGUUGUUGUUGACCAGCGACUCAGAGAGUGAGAUCUUCGUUGACUCUGUGGACUCUGUGGAAAAGCUGGACAAUAUUAAGGUACUGUAGGGCCUGAAAUAAUGGGACUUUACAAGAAUGAGAGUUUAAUCUAAGUUGUUGUUCUCUGGGUCCUUUGUAAGUGGAUCCAAAUAAAGGACUGUAUUCUGUGUGUGUGUGUGUGUGUGUGUUUGUUUAUACACAGGUUGUUUUAGUCCCCAAGUCAAAGUCAAACGGCCUCCAUAACGGCUAUGCUUACUCAGAGCCCUCCUCAGUCCAAGCCAAUCACACAGAGACGGUCUGCCAGGCAACGCAGGUGGGGGCAGGGCAAGGUGGAGAGGGGGCGGGGGAUGGAGGGGGACCGCCCAUGAGGAGGAGUCGGGAUGCAGGAAGAGACGGGAUGAGGGACCACGGAUGGAGAGAACGUGAGUUAAAGGCUCUUUCUCUCAUUUUCCUAAAAUAUCUGUCCUCUCGUUGCCUUCUCUCCUUCAUUGCACUGAUCUAAAAAAGAGCUGAACAGGUGAAAGCCAGCUUAAUAGUGAGUAUCCACCAUAUUGUUUUCAUUUUUCAAGUAUCUUUCAAUCAGUGCAGAUGAAGGGGAGGAAAGAGUGUAGCUCAGUUGGUAGAGCAUGACGCUUGCAACGCGAGGGUUGUGGGUUCGAUUCUCACAGGGGGCCAGUAUGAAAAUGUAUGCACUCACUAACUGUAGGUCGCUCUGGAUAAGAGUGUCUGCUAAAUGACUAAAAUGUAAAAUAGAAUUCUAUGUAAUUGUGUCCAGAGAGUGUGAAUUUAUUUAACUAGGCAAGUCAGUUAAGAACAAAUUCUUAUUUACAAUGACGGCCUACACCGGCCAAACCCGGACGACGCUGGGCCAAUUGUGCGCCGCCCUAUGGGACUCCCAAUCACGGCCGGUUGUGAUACAGCCUGGAAUCGAACCAGGGGGUCUGUAAUGACGCCUCAAGGACUGAGAUGCAGUGCCUUAGACCGCUGCGCCACUCGUGUGUGUGUGUGUGUUUGCAAGUAUUCCUGUUGUGUGUGUGACGUGCAUGUGGUCUAUAUGCCAAUUACACAUACACAUCUAACCUACGUGUCUCCCUGCCUAGGUGGUGUUCCCCAGGGCAGCCCCAGGAGGGCGGGGAGAGAGGCCCUGGGGGCAGGGGGAGGGGCUGGCCGAGGGGGAGGAGACGGCUCAGAGGGAGGGGCUGAGAGGCUGCAGGACAUCCAAGUGCAGCAGCAGAUCCUGCUGGCCCUACGGAGGCUCAGGGAGGACAUGCGGAGCGUCAUGGAGAGACUGGAGGCAGUGGAGAGACUAGCCGCAACACAGGUACAGUUGAAGUCGGAAGUUUACAUACACCUUAGCCAAAUAAAUGUAAACUCAGUUUUUCACAAUUCCUGACAUUUAAUCCUAGUAAAAAUUCCCUGUUUUAGGUCAGUUAGGAUCACCACUAUAUUUUAAGAAUGUAAAAUGUCAGAAUAAUAGUAGAGAGAAUGAUUUAUUUAAGCUUUUAUUUAUUUCAUCACAUUCCCAGUGGGUCAGAAGUUUACAUACACUCAAUUAGUAUUUGGUAGCAUUGCCUUUAAAUUGUUUAACUUGGGUCAAACGUUUUGGGUAGCCUUCCACAAGCUUCCAACAAUAAGUUGGGUGAAUUUUGGCCCAUUCCUCCUGACAGAGCUGGUGUAACUGAGUCAGGUUUGUAGGCCUCCUUGCUCGCACAUGCUUUUUCAGUUCUGCCCACACAUUUUCUAUAGGAUUGAGGUCAGGGCUUUGUGAUGGCCACUCCAAUACCUUGACUUUGUUGUCCUUAAGCCAUUUUGCCACAACUUUGGAAGUAUGCUUAGGGUCAUUGUCCAUUUGGAAGACCCAAGCUUUAACUUCCUGACUGAUGUCUUGAUGUUGCUUCAAUAUAUCCACAUAAUUUUCCUUCCUCAUGAUGCCAUCUAUUUUGUGAAGUGCACCAGUCCCUCCUGCAGCAAAGCACCCCCACAGCAUGAUGCUGCCACCCCCAUGCUUCACGGUUGGGAUGGUGUUCUUCAGCUUGCAAGCGUCCCCCAUUUUUCCUCCAAACAUAACGAUGGUCAUUAUGGCCAAACAGUUCUAUUUUUGUUUCAUCAGACCAGAGGACAUUUCUCCAAAAAGUACGAUCUUUGUCCCCAUGUGCAGUUGCAAACCGUAGUCUGGCUGUUUUGGAGCAGUGGCUUCUUCCUUGCUGAGCGGCCUUUCAGGUUAUGUCAAUAUAGGACUCGUUUUACUGUGGAUAUAGAUACAUUUGUACCUGCUUCCUCCAGCAUCUUCAUAAGGACCAAAGUACGUUCAUCUCUAGGAGACAGAACGCGUCUCCUUCCUGAGCGGUAUGACGGCUGCGUGGUCCCAUGGUGUUUAUACUUACAUUUACAUUUUAGUCAUUUAGCAGACGCUCUUAUCCAGAGCGACUUACAGUUAGUGAAUACAUUUUUUUUUUUUAUACUGGCCCCCCGUGGGAAUCAAACCCACAACCCUGGCAUUGCAAACGCCAUGCUCUAUCAACUGAGCUACAUCCCUGCCGGCCAUUCCCUCCCCUACCCUGGACGACACUGGGCCAAUUGUGCGCUGCCCAUGACUGCAUACUAUUGUUUGUACAGAUGAACGCGGUACCUUCAAGCAUUUGGAAAUUGCUCCCAAGGAUGAAGCAGACUUGUGGAGGUCUACAAUUGUUUUUCUGAGGUCUUGGCUGAUUUAUUUUGAUUUUCCCAUGAUGUCAAGCAAAGAGGCACUGAGUUUGAAGGUAGGCCUUGAAAUACAUCCACAGGUACACCUCCAAUUGACUCAAAUGAUGUCAAUUAGCCUAUCAGAAGCUUCUAAAGCCAUGACAUCAUUUUCUGGAAUUUUCCAAGCUGUUUAAAGGCACAGUCAACUUAGUGUAUGUAAACUUCUGACCCACUGGAAUUGUGAUACAGUGAAUUAUAAGUGAAAUAAUCUGUCUGUAAACAAUUGUUGGAAAAAUUACUUGUGUCAUGCACAAAGUAGAUGUCCUAACCAACUUGCCAAAACUAUAGUUUGUUAACAAGAAAUUUGUGGAGUGGUUGAAAAACGAGUUUUAAUGACUCCAACCUAAGUGUAUGUAAACUUCCGACUUCAACUGUAGGUAGGAUUUGAUGUAUCCAUAGAGUUGGAUAGAGAGCAUGGAGAUUAAAAAUUGUAGUCAUUUAGCAGACGCUCUUAUCCAGGGUGACUUACAGUUAGUGCAUUCGUCUUAAAGAGGAAUCGAAACACUCACCUAAAUUCACAAUUUCUUGCAAUUAUUAUUCAUAGUAAGGCAUAAAGAUUCAUGAAAGAAAUCAUUUUAACUAUAGAGGUUUAAUACAAUGUACUUCUUAAUGGACCUAAACUGGCUAAUAAUUUAGAUGUCUUUUUUCUUGGUCCUGUGCAUUUCUAAAUCAAACAAAAACACGUGUGAACACCCCCAAAAAUAUUCUUAUUAUUUUAGAAGCAAUAGUGAAUAGUGCAAGGGUGCCAAUAUAUUAGAGCGCAACUAUAGCCUAGCUGUCACGAUCGUUGAGAGACAGAUUAGACCAAGGCGCAGCGUGGAAUGCAUACAUGUUUAUUAAAACAAUAAACACUGACAAAACAACAAAAGGCAACGAAACGUGACGUCGGAAGGCUAUACACAAACAAGCCAAACACACCGAAACACAAACAAGAUCCCACAACCCAGGCAGGAAAACUGGCUGCCUAAAGUAUGAUCCCCAAUCAGAGACAACGAGCGACAGCUGCCUCUGAUUGGGAACCACACCUGUCCAAACAUAGAAAUACAAAACAUAGAGUUUCACACCCUGACCAAACUACCUAGAGAAUAACAGUCUCUCUCCAGGUCAGGGCGUGACUCUAGCUUUUCCUGGGACUUCACAAGAGUAGAGGAUGAGCUAAAAGGCAAGUGGAGGUGCGUAAUUGCGCAGGACAACAGUGAAGACUAGAGAUCACGUACCUAUACUGAACAAAAAUAUAAACGCAUCAUGCAACAAUUUCAAAGGUUUUACUGAGUUACAGUUCAUAUAAGGAAAUCAGUCAAUUGAAAUGAAUUCAUUAGGCCCUAAUCUAUGGAUUUCACAUGACUGAGAAUACAGAUAUGCAUCUGUUGGUCACAGAUACCUUAAGAAAAAAAGUAGGGGCGUGUAUCAGAAAACCAGUCAGUAUCUUUUUAGGACCACCAUUUGCCUCAUGCAGCGCAACACAUCUCCUUCGCAUAUAGUUGAUCAGGCUGUUUAUUGUGGCCUGUGGAAUGUUUUCCCACUCCUCUUCAAUGGCUGUGCGAAGUUUCUGGAUAUUGGCGGGAACUGGAACACGCUGUCGUACACGGUAUCUCUGUGCAUAAAAAAUGGCAUAGAUAAAAUGCAAUUGUGUCCGUAGCUUGUGCUUGCCCAUACCAUAACCCCACCGCCACCAUGGGGCACUCUGUUCACAACGUUGACAACAGCAAACCGCUCACCCACACAACGCCAUACACGUGGUCUGCGGAUGUGAGGCCGGUUGGAUGUACUGCCAAAUUCUCUAAAACGACGUUGGAGGCAGCUUAUUGUAGAGAAAUGUAAAUGUUAUUCUCUGGCAACAGCUCUGGUGGACAUUCCUGCAGUCAGCAUGCCAAUUGCACACUCCCUCAAAACUUGAGACAUCUGUGGCAUUGUGUUCUGUGACAAAACUGCACAAUUUAGAGUAGCCUUUUAUUGUCCCCAACAGACAAGGUACUACUGUGUAAUGAUAUUGCUGUUUAAUCAGCUUCUUGAUAUGCCACACCUGUCAGGUUGAUGGAUUAUCUUGGCAAAAGAGAAAUGCUCAGUGUAGUUAGAAGCUCAUUCUUAACCUUCAUUUGUUGGCUAAAUAUUAUUAUUGCGUGUCAUUUCUAUUUUCCAGGUGGUUGUCAAUUUCAUCUUCAUCACACUAUAUCGCACUAGCCGUACUGCUCUCACCUUCAUACUAUCCCCCCCUUCAAACUCUCCCCAGCAAUUUAUUUGAUAUUAUGCCUUUGCAUUAUCCUACACAGACAAUGUUAUUUCUGAUAUUUUGCUAGGUCUUUUUAAAACAGUAUACAGGCUAGCUGGACCUACUGCAGCGAAUUUGUCAUUUGAGAUGACGGGUGCACUGUGGGUUUCGCCGGCAUGCAAAAAUCUUCCCAUUAGCCUACGUUUUUUAGGGGAAAUAAAAUUAUCCUACACUAGACCUACAACACAAUUCAAUGAAGAAUGUUAGCAUUGUUUUCCAGAGAGUACAAAACUGUAAACUUACUGUAGACUAUUUGAAUAACCGCUUAAAAGCUCUGCGUUUUGAAUGCAUGUUUGUUCCAAAAUAUAGCCUAAUGCAUCUACCCAUAGCCUAUAGGCCUGGCCUGUAUAGGCAACCCUUCGCAUCGGCUAUGGGUCUAGGCUACUCUUUACAAUUUACAAGGUGCAGAUAGGCACAUUCGCAGGCUAGUCAUAUGGUGUAUUUUGUCAGGAUGUAUUAGCGUUAGCCGUCGGAAAUAUGGGCUUCUCCUGAUAUACUGAGAAUGCGCUGCCUGUCGUGGAUCAUCAUUCUCCCAAGUUGUCCUAUAAAUGUGGCCACCAAUAUGCUUGAAGAGAUGGAGACCUGCACACUGUUGAAAAAGGGGAAUACAUCCAAAACUGAGGCUUAAAUGCAAAAAUAGAGAUGUUUUAUUGGGACCAAUUUGCUCACAGGCGCGUUCGCUGCCUCCUCUCCAAGAUAUGGAGUCCCUCCAUCCACAGGCAAGAUGUUAGUAACUAGCUACUUCUCAUACUGUAGCUACUGUACUUCGAUAAUAAAAGUGACUUUGUUUAUUUAUAAUUUUAACAAGACUUGAACAAGCUAUACUGCACAUUGGACAUCAAGAGUUCAAUGCAAAUAUAUCUUGCAUUUCAUAGUAAUUUUGCUUAAUAUUGAGAUGAGAGAGCUGUCACUCCCUACAGUAAAAGCAAUCAGAAAUCAACGUUCCAAAUUGUUCUAUCCAACCGAUGCCGCUAGCGUCGUUACCAUGGCAAUUGUAAUGGCGGAACGCAGUCCGAAAUUAGCAUUUGAUCAAAAUAUUCAAAGUAGAAAUUUGUAUAUGACAAACAUGCAGGUCACAUAGGAUUUGUAUUGAUUGUUUUAUUUGACCUACCUUGUAAAAUGUUUCCAUUCCCCUUUUAAGGUAGCUAGGUAAGACAACCACAUAUCACAGUUACUAACCAAGUUUUCAUCCACAGUUUUUAUAUGAGUAAAGUCAUACCGUAUAAAAAAAAUCAUGACAGCUGUUUCGGUACAAUUUUAUAAAUGCCGACAGAUAAUUUGUUUGUUCGUUAUGGUGGGAUUAUUUUGUGGCUGUAAAAAUGUAUUAUGCGAGAAAUGGCGGUAGAAACUGCUUUUAUGCGCUAAUAUUGAUAUAAUAACCAUCAUACUGAAGUAAACUUGGAGUCACACAAUGAUAUGGUGUGUGGUCCUCCCACUACGACUCGGGAAAGCAUGCAGUUUAUUAGGCUACAGAUGAAAAAAGUUAUGAUGAACUUCACAGUGUGGUGAAAGUGCACGGUAAUGAGCAUGAUGCUCGAUUCCAAUAAAUAUUGAGGGUCUUAUUCUGGUGACAUGAUGAUCGAUACUUGACUGCCAUUUGACAAAUAAAAAAUAUUCUCGCUCUUAUCCAUAAUAAUCUCAUCAUGUAGACUAGCCUAUCUGCACAGCCUACCCGCACUGUAUCUGCCAGCUGUUGGCUGGAGCGCACGUGCCAAGACUAGGGUAGGCACAUUUGCUAUUUAACGCAACAGUUUUUGUGACAAAACUCGGUAGAGUUGAAAAUGCGAUGGAAACAAAUUGAUUUAGAGAUUUUUAUUCGACUAAUGAAUUUAAGCAAAAAAGUAAUUUUUGUGUGCACUACGUCAUCACGCACUGAUUUUUAUCUGCAACAAGUCAGUUAGGUGGAAACAAACCACUAGUGGGAAAAUGUGCAUAUUUUAUUUAUGCGGAUUUUAUAAUAUUUACAUAAAUCUUCCGCCAAUUGGAUGGAAACCUAGCUAUUGUAAAAACUUUUCCUAAAAAAUUAGCAAAGUCAAUGCUAGUAAGAGAAGACUAGUGCAAGAAAGGCAAGUACAACGGUAGGGUGUUAGUUAUUAUAUUUAUUUUUAUACCCUCAAUGGCUCUGCCCAUGCUGUCACAAGAGGCCAUUAGAAAGAAAUGAGCUCUCUAGUACAUCUCUAUGGGUGUAUCUUUCUGUAAUGAGCGGUGAAGUUGAGCGGGAAAGCAUCUACUGGCGGCCACCUUGGCAUUUUCUCUCUUAUAGGUUCUAGACCUUAGUCAAAUACAUACUGUAUGUUGAAUACCUUCAUAUAUUUAAAAGUAUUGGAGUAUUUUCUCUUCUCUACUCACCAAUGUAUCCCAUCACCAGGCCCAGAAUUCAGACUGGAGACCAUGUCUUCGGUGUGCUGCCUCAGCCGCCCAGUCAGAGGUAAGGGUGUGGAGGUGUCCGAAAAUGCAAUGUGCAUCUAUUUAUCUGUCUUAUUAGCUUUUGGCAAGAUGCUCAUUGUGGUUUGUACAGUUCCAGUAGCGUGGUCACAAACUCAGGUCAGAGAGCUACUGUAAAGGGUGUGCAGGGUUUUUUCCCAGUCCCAGCACUAACACACUUGGUUCAAAUAAUCAAGACAGUCAUAAGUGGGAUUGGGCAUGUUAGUGCUUGGCUGGAACAAAAGCCUGCACAUCCUCUACAGCAGUUAUAAAUUCAUUCCUGUUAGAAUAUUGUACGUUUUAAGGUUUGUCACCCUAAAUGUCCUAUAUGUUCUUCUCAGGAGGAGAGUUGGUGGCCGUUCCCUGAAGUAUCAGGACGGGCGAUGCUGCUUCUGCUGCUGUGGCCCCUGGUGGCUCAGGGUCUAGUGUUUCUACUGCGGAGGGGCCAAAAGAAGGCCCGUAUCUCUACUUGA